AUGCGCUCUUCUAUCCGACACGCAGAACGGCGGGGGCCAGGCCGUGAUGUGGCGCAGCUGCAGGCGUCACAUACAUAUCUGCGCCAGCUCACCCUGCAUUGCAUAUAUACAUGGGCUCCUUCUUCGCGCCCGUACGCUGACGAUGGCAUGUGCGUUUUGAGCUGCUCGCCAAGUGUCUUUUACCGCUCUUGCGACCUGCAGGUCAUGGUUCUUUCAUGCAAGAGCGCUGUCAUCGAUCAUCCCAAGGCAGUGUUCCGCCAAUUGGAUGGAAAGCAACUGAAGUUGGCUGUCAACGGUGCCAGUUUCGCCGUCACGACGAUAACGCAUUGGGCACCAGCCGAAAGAGAAGCAUUGGACUCAUUGCUCGCUACUUUGACGUUUUUGGGAUUCGCGGUCGGGCGGCGGAAAGGGGGGUCCUGGUUAUUCAACCGCGCUGCGGCCGCAGCUGGGAUGCCCCCGCACAUCGUCAUGCCCGACAUCUGCAGCGGCGUUGACUGGUGCAGGGAGAUUGCGAGACAACAAGAGGACGGAACAGAUUACGAUUUCUGUACUGAGCUUUCGCACACUGUAGUGAGGUGUGCCUCUCCCGCGGACCUCAGUCUGGGGAAAUUGCUUUGCCUGCUGACGAUCAAGUCUGAAUUUUGUCUUUUCGAGAAGACGCGUUGA